UUAAUAAUGUUUCCUUUAUUUAGUGUUUGAUAUCCCACAUGCUUGUAACUAAGAUUUUACAGCAGUUUGUAGAGUUUUAUAUCUAACUGAUAUUUAUUACGAAGAAACAAUUGAGAAAUAAUACUCCAUGAAGUAUUAUGGGUGGCACAGAAACAGCCAAUUCUGGCCUAACAGGCAAAUCAAAACCACCCCUACCUCCCAAACCAAUAAUUGUUCCACAUCAUGGUGUCCACCGGGCAGGUACACGCAAUAUUAUAGAACAUUUACCAAAAACAUUAAAUGACAAAAUGCCAGUUGAGAAAUCUGAAGAUAUAAAAACAAAAGAAACAAAUGAAAGCAUUAUUACUAAAUCUAGACUGAUGAAAGACAGUACAUUUGAAGAUAAAAACGCAGAGAGUUCUCUCUCAUCUCAAACUAAAGAUAAAAGUGGUCAAACUGUAACAAGUGGAACAUCAGUUAUGUCUUCAUCAGUUCUUUCAGAAAGGAGUAAUAUUAAAAAACCUGCUACAAGAGGCAGAUUAAGAAGAUCUUCUAGGCAGAGUAUAGAAAAUGGAGAAUCAGGUGAUGAAGCUUGCUGCAUGAGAAUUGGUGGGAUGAUCCGUAAUAAAGCUUUUGAUUUGGUGCCACAGACUAAAUUACUUUCUUCAGCUAAACCAAAACUAGAAACCAAAUCAAAAGUCAGACGGCAUAGAGGAAGUCAAGAAUUUCAGAAGAGUGGUAGUGUUGGUGAUGAUCUUUCAAUUGAUGGUAGUCAUGGAGUAAGAUUUGUAGAUGAUGAUGAAACUGAAUCAUCUACUGAUUACAGAGACAUUGAUGAAAACAGUGUAUUUUUACUUGAAUUUGCAUGUCAUUCUGAUGCACAAACAAUAUCAAGAGGUGAAAGCUGUAUGGACUAUUCUGAAAGUGGUUAUUAUACAUCAGAUGUAACAACAAAAGAUGAUGAUAACAUUCCUGAAGAAGUAAUAUCCGAUAAAGAAAAAUUUAAAGAAUCUCAAAUUGUUGAGACAUCUGAAACUAAAAAUGUAGAUACUUGUUUGACAAAAAAUGAAAAAGAUGUAUUUGAUUUUCAAAAAACAAGUGAAAAUUCAGAAUCUGAUGCUUUAAAAAUAGUAUCCAAAGAAAAUGGGACAGAUGUGGAAGUUGAAAGUCAAAAAACUGAUGUCAGUUUGGAUGAAACAUCCAAAGAAAUGUCUCACUCUGAUGCUACAGAAGAUGCUAUACUUAUUGAAGAUAAGAAAAAAAUUAAAAAAGUGCCUAAUCAAAUUAAAAAGAGAAUAAAAUCACCACCACGGCCCCCACCACCACCACCACCACCACCACCACCACCACAAAAGUGUGAAGAUAUAUCACAGCAGGUAAUUUUAGAUCAUGAAUCAGUUUGUAAAAAUGAAAUUAAAUCUGUUGAAGAUGAACAAACUGUUAAUUUGAAAGAGAAAGUAAGUGAUUCAAUACAAAAUGAAGAUAUUGUACUUCCAAAAGAAGUAGAAAGUAAACCUAAAAAAAGAGUUGUUUCUCCUCCCAGACCACCUCCUCCAAAGUUGACUGAAGUAGAAAAACUGGAAGAAGUAACCAAAACUGAAACUAAAUCAGAGUAUAUUAAUCCAUUUGAAGAAGAAACUAAAACUGAAGAUGUAGCUAAACUAGAACUCGAUAUUAUUGAAAAUGAGGCUAAACCAGAACUUAAUAUUAUUGAAAAUGAAACUAAAUUAGAACAAGUAAAUAUAAAAGAAAUUGAAUUGAAGUCAGAAACUGUUAAUGAAGACAAAAAUAUAACAGAUGCAUGUAAGUUAAAACAGCAAUCAUUUCCAACUAAAAAAAUAUAUACAUUUCCAAGAAAAUAUCCACCUCCAAUUCCAGUUAAACCAUUUGCUAAAAAAGAACAAAAAGAAAAUGAUGUAGAGUAUGAUAAAGAAAACAUUGAAAAGUCAGAUACUUCUAAUAAAGAAAAAGAAGUUUCAAAAUUGUCUUCUGUAUCACCAAAAACAUUUCCCAGAAGUGGAAAACGUAGUCCAAUGCGAAUCACUCCAUUGAAAAAAAUAGAAUCUGAAUCGGCAAUGAAGUCUCCUGAAAAAUCAAUUCUUACUACUGUUGUUAAAAAUUCUUAUCUUGAAGGACUUCAAUCUCUUCCUUCUCAGAAAUCUCCAAAAUUAAAACGAAAUAUACCAUCUCGGCCACCACCACCAUUGCCUCGUAUUCAACAUGGUGAUGCUACAAAUUCUCUUGGAGAUUCUGAAGAAAAUAAAAUUAUAACUGAAGAUAAACAAGAGUUUCCUAUUGAAGAUGAAAUUGUUAGUAGUGCUUUGAAAUGCAAUACAAAUAAUGUAAAUCUUGAUGAAUCAUUACCAGUUGAACAAGAUUUGUCAGAAACCAUUGAGAAAACUACAGCUCCUUUAGAUAGUGUUGAAAAUGAUGAUGAUAAAAAGGUAGCAUUAAAUUCUGAAUGUAUUGAUCAUCAAUUAGACGACACACACUGUUUUACUUGGCCAGUUGCAGCAGAAAGAAAAAAGAAAAAAUUAAAAUCUCCACCAAGGCCUCCGCCUCCAUCAGAACUUCAUAAAACACCAAUUGUUACAUCAGAAACAAAGAUUAAUGAAAAGGUAACUGAAAUCUCAACUUUAGAUUCACGAGGGAGAAAACGUGUAAAAUCUCCACCUAGACCUCCUCUUCCAUGUACUCGAUUACCUAAAGAUGAUAAAAUUAAUGGAAUGAAAAAUAAAGAUCAAACCACAAAAUCUCCUCCAAGACCACCAUUACCAGAUCAAAAAACUUUAAAGAAAACAGAUGAUUAUAGCUCUAAAGAGAGAGUCUCUGGUGAAGAAACUGGUGGAAAACGAGUAGUUUCUCCACCAAGACCACCCCCACCAAUAUAUGAAAAACUCCCUAAACAGAAAACAAAAUCAGAUGUAAUUUCUGAUGAUGCACAAGAGAAACCUUCAGUUGAAAGUAGAAAAUCUGUAGCAUCACCUCAAAGACCACCACCACCAAUUUAUGAAAAGAUCAUUACAAAGAUAGAGGAUAAAGAUUCAUCUGAUAAAAAUAUACCUGAGCCUCUUGAUAAAGUAACAGAAGAAGAAGGAAAAAUAGAGAAAUUGUCUAGUUUACCUGAAACAUCUGUCUCGGAAAAUUCAACAACAACAAAAAAACGAGUGACAUCACCUCCAAGACCACCACCUCCAAUAUAUGAAAAAUUGCAUCCCAAAAAAGAUGAAGCAUUAACACACAUUUCUGAAAAAGUAUUAGAACAAAAACUAGAGCAGUCUCUAGAAUCAUCAGUUCCUGUAUCACCUACCUCAUCUAUUGCAAUGCAUGAAUAUGAGGAAAUAAAAUCUCCUCCAAUUUUUGAUGAACAGCCAUCUAAAAAUUUGUCUACACUACCGCCAAAAGCACCACCCAGAGUUAAAAGAAAUAGAUCUAGAACAGUAGAGAUAGUUAGUUUAACAGAGAAACCACAAAGAAGGAAACGGAGAAGUCAUUCUCUCUCUGAUUCUGAUGUUUCUAAAAAACUAGAAGACAGAGACUUAUUAAGUGUAUCACCACCCCUCAAGGACAUAAAAACUCUGUAUACUACUGUUCAGAAGGAACGUGGAAAGAUGACAUUUCAAGAACCAGAUGUUAGUGAAGAAGGAAGAGCAUCCCCAAGUUACGACAAAAUGAAAUUUAGACCAUUGCCGCCACCACCACCACCACCUCGAUCUAGGUCGAGAUUAAGUACUUCUCAUUCUCCAGCAAGUUUAAGGAGAAGUUCUAUAACAGAUGAUACAAAACCAGAAGUUAAGCAACAAGAUAUUGAUUCUGAAAUUAGAAAAGAAACAGCUGGAGAAGAUACAGAAGAUAAAUUGGUUAAUUGUGAUGAGAUUGCAAAUAUUUCAACUUCUUCAUAUUAUACUGUAACAGAACAAGAAUCUGAUAAAAAUGAAGAUGUUGACAUUUUAGAGAAUAUUAAUACUGUUGAAGGAAGCGGAGAAUCAAAAUGUGCAUUUUUUAUAGAAAAAUCAAAACCUAAAACUGAAAGAAGAAAAUCUCAGAGUCCAAUAAGAUCUAAAUCUUCUAGUCCAACAAAACAAAAAUCAGGUACCUCCAGUUGGUAUGAUGAAAGUGAUGUUUCUGGUGAUCUUGGAGAUGUUGAUACAUCUGUGAGCUCUCAGAAAGAAUCUAUGGAAGGAAUCAACAACUGUGAAGAAACUAAAGACUCCAGUAAUUCUCCCACUAAUAAACAAAAACAAGGAAAAACAAAAGCAGAGACUUCAAAAAAGAAUAGUAGAAGUUCAAAAUUUUAUUGUGAUAUUAAUGUAACUACAGCAGGAGAACCACAAGAUGAGAAGGAAGUAACAGAAAGUGAGCGUCCAGUUUCUUCAGCUAGUUUUGUUGAAAAAUCAAUACAGACAUCACCAGAAAGAGAACUAAGUUCAGUUAAAGAUGAGCAUUCAGAUGACACAGAUGAUUUAUUAGAUCGUGCUCGAACAGUACAAAUGGAAUUAUGUUUAAUGUUAGAAAGACGUAAAAGAAGAAAAGCUCAAUCAACAGAUGACACAAAGAGUUCAUGUUCUUAUUCUCCUUCACCAAAAGCUCUUCCUAGACAUAAAAUAAAACCUUUAGUUGAUGCAUCAUCUGAUCAUUCUCCUCAGCCACAAUCUACAGAAUUCAGACUUCCUAUAUCGAGUGCACGAUCAUCUAAUUCUGAAUUAAGUUGGCAAGGAUCAUCAUCUGAAGAAAGUGAAGAUGAGAAAGCAGACCAUUUACCUAGUUUUCUUCAAACAAAGAAACAAAAGAAGGCAUUUUUUAUUGCAAGAGAAAUUAUGACAUCUGAAGAAGUUUUUCUUAGUUGUUUAAAGUUAUUGAAUGAAGAUUAUCGUGCUUGCAUUAAAAAAGCCAAUGAAGAAAGAGGUGGAACCAUAAUAUCAGAAGAAAUGAUAAAUUGUUUCCUUGGUUAUUUUCCUCAGUUGCAAACUUUGAAUCAGAAUCUGUUGAAUGAUUUGAAAGAUAGAAUUGAACAUUGGGAGGAAACUGGAAAAAUUGCUGAUGUGAUAGUAAAAAUUGGACCAUUUUUGAAAUUAUAUUCUUCAUAUAUACGAGACUUUGAUUCAUUAGAAGCUGCUUUUGAUGAUGCUCGCAGAAAAUAUCCUCUGUUUGAUCAAAUUACUAAAGAAUUUGAAAUGAGUUCACAUUGUAAAAAGCUUGCAUUAAAGCAUUAUAUGCUUAAACCUAUUCAAAGAAUACCUCAAUAUCGUCUGUUAUUGCAAGAAUAUUUGCAGAAUCUUACAGAAGAUUCCCCAGAUUAUGCUGAUACAGUGAAUGCAUUACAAAUAGUCAGUGAGGUUGCCAAUCAUGCUAAUGAAACCUUAAAAUUAGGAGAUAAUUUUCAAAAAUUGGUAUCGAUACAGAAUAGUAUAUUAGGAUCAUAUGAAAUUGUUCGGCCAGGAAGAAUAUUCUUGAAAGAAGGCGAACUUAUGAAACUUUCUCGAAAAGAAAUGCAACCAAGAUGGUUUAUAUUGUUCAAUGAUUCACUUUUUUAUCUCAUCUGCAUGCAACAAGGCUUGUAUAAAGUGAAUUAUGAAUUGCCCUUAACAGGAAUGAAAGUUAGCAUUCCUCAGCAUCAAGACUAUAAAAAUGAAUUUAGCAUUAUAAGUGUUACAAGAUCAUUUACACUGGCUGCUAGAUCUUUAGAAGAACGUCAAGAAUGGGUUGAUGCAUUGAAUAAAGCCAUCGAAGAAAAUGCUUCUAAACGGAGUACCUUUACAACAGCUAUGUUACAGAAGGAUAAAGGAGAAAAGUCAGAUAAUGCUUUUGUUUUGGGAAAGCAAGCACCUGUAUGGAUUCCAGAUGCUCGGGUGACAAUGUGUCAGUUGUGCACUAGAGAAUUUACUGUUACAUUUCGACGUCACCAUUGUCGUGCCUGUGGAAAGGUUGUUUGCUCUCUAUGUUCAGGAAAUAAGGCACCUUUGCAAUAUAGAAACUUUCAGGUUGCUAAAGUUUGUGAUGAAUGUUUUCAAGUGCUUCAAAAAGAAUAUGAAGCUGUGGAACCAACUGAGAAAACCUCAGAAGUGGGUGAAUCGGGAACCAGUUCUGAACUAGGAGAAACUGAUAGUGAUUCUUCACAUGCUUUCGCAUCAAUUAAAGCUCAGUUUAAAGGAAAUGUCAAAGCAGCAGGUAAAAAGAUUAAAAGGCAUCUUCCAAGUGUUUUGAAAGAGGUAUGUGCCAAUGAUCAGGGUUCAACUAUUAGUGGAUAUUUACGUAAAAGAGAGCGUAGAAAUUGGAAACCUUACUGGUUUGUUUUGAAAGAUAAAGUUCUCUACAGAUAUAAAGCUUGUGAGGAUGUUGCAGCUUUAGAAAGCAUUCCUUUACUUGGUUUUCAAGUGGAGACUUUUACUCAGUCCUAUGAAAAUAUAGAAGCAGAAUUAUUAUUCCAACUCACUCAUGCUGGGCAAUUACCCAUAAUAUUUUAUACUGAUUCUCCAACAUCUACUGAAAGGUAAGCAAUAUAAUAAAACA